UCCCAGGAUCUGAAGUGUCAGAGGAAGGGAUCAGUUUCUUUAUAAGGUCUAGGCUUUUCUCUCUCCCGCUUCCCAUGGCUAUCAGACAUUUCAUUCAACUGGCUCCUGGACAGGUGUCUUGUUCUGCAAGGCUGCUCAGUUCAGGAAGGAGGUUUCUCUUGAGCACCCACUGUGGCCCAGACGUUUUCCCUGAAAAGGGGUAGCGUCCCCCCCCUCCCUUCUCUUUCAUCAUUCACUGUGUGAGGCACCCGGAGCCCAUUGGUUGACUGAGCCGUGUCUGAAGCCCUUCAGCCCAGCACCAGCACCCAAGUCCACGUGCAAGGAUGUGUGUGACACAGCCCUGACCUCAGUGGGAGCCAGUAGCCAAUCAGGUGCCAGGGAGAGAGCCUUCGCCAACUGGGGGCGGGGCCUGCGGCUCUUCGGGCAGAAGGCCAAUGAGGGGCAGGGCCUGGCAUUAUGCAACCCGCCUCCCAGCCUCUCGGAGCUUCUCGGCUGCGGGCUGAAACGGCAGGCGGCUGGAGGGCGCUCGAACGGCCAGGUGCUGUGAUUAAAUUAGUCAGCCCUCAGGGACAGGGCUACCUCCCUUAUCCAGGCCUCAGAAGCCCCGUCGUGCACCCGUGGUGGCCUCGUCACCUUCUCUGUUCUGUUCUCCACUGCAUGGCCCAGACAUGAGCGGCCCCCUAGAAGGGGCUGAUGGGGGAGGAGACCCCAGGCCCGGAGAACCUUUUUGUCCUGGAGGAGUCCCAUCCCCUGGGGCCCCACAGCACCGGCCUCGUCCAGGCCGCAGCCUGGCUGAUGAUACGGACGCCAACAGCAACGGUUCCAGUGGCAAUGAAUCCAAUGGCCACGAGUCCAGGGGUGCAUCUCAGCGGAGUUCCCACAGCUCCUCUUCUGGCAAUGGCAAGGACUCAGCCCUGCUGGAGACCACCGAGAGCAGCAAGAGUACAAACUCUCAGAGCCCAUCCCCACCGAGCAGUUCCAUUGCCUAUAGCCUCCUGAGUGCAAGCUCAGAGCAGGACAACCCAUCCACCAGUGGCUGCAGCAGUGAACAGUCAGCUCGAGCCAGGACCCAGAAAGAACUCAUGACUGCCCUGCGGGAGCUCAAACUUCGACUGCCACCAGAGCGUCGGGGCAAGGGCCGCUCUGGAACCCUGGCCACACUGCAGUAUGCCUUGGCCUGUGUCAAGCAGGUGCAGGCUAACCAGGAGUAUUAUCAGCAGUGGAGUCUGGAGGAGGGUGAGCCUUGUGCCAUGGACAUGUCUACUUACACCCUGGAGGAACUGGAGCAUAUCACAUCCGAAUACACUCUGAGGAACCAGGAUACCUUCUCCGUGGCUGUGUCCUUCCUGACAGGCCGGAUUGUCUAUAUUUCGGAGCAGGCAGGCGUCCUGCUGCGUUGCAAGCGGGAUGUGUUUCGGGGUGCCCGCUUCUCAGAGCUGCUAGCUCCCCAGGAUGUGGGUGUCUUCUAUGGCUCCACUACACCAUCUCGACUGCCCACCUGGGGCACUGGGACCUCUGCAGGUUCAGGCCUCAAGGACUUCGCCCAGGAAAAGUCCGUCUUCUGCCGAAUCAGAGGAGGUCCUGACCGGGAUCCAGGGCCUCGGUACCAGCCAUUCCGCCUGACCCCAUAUGUGACCAAGAUUCGGGUCUCAGAUGGGGCCCCUGCACAGCCAUGCUGCCUACUCAUUGCAGAGCGCAUCCACUCUGGUUAUGAAGCUCCCCGGAUCCCUCCUGACAAGAGGAUCUUCACCACACGGCACACACCCAGCUGCCUCUUCCAGGAUGUAGAUGAAAGAGCCGCGCCCCUGCUGGGCUACCUGCCCCAGGAUCUCCUGGGGGCUCCAGUGCUCCUCUUUCUGCAUCCUGAGGACCGGCCUCUCAUGCUGGCCAUUCACAAGAAGAUUCUGCAGCUGGCAGGCCAGCCCUUUGACCACUCUCCUAUUCGCUUCUGUGCUCGGAAUGGGGAGUAUGUCACCAUGGACACCAGCUGGGCCGGCUUUGUACACCCCUGGAGUCGCAAGGUGGCUUUUGUGUUGGGCCGCCAUAAAGUCCGCACGGCACCCCUGAAUGAGGACGUCUUCACUCCCCCAGCCCCCAGCCCGGCUCUGUCCCUGGACGCUGACAUACAGGAGCUCUCAGAGCAGAUCCAUCGACUGCUGUUGCAGGUGAGAGUUGAGGAAGGUCAGGGACGAAGUGGUCGGGAAGCAGGAUGUAGACCUCUGACCGACCCGUUCUUCUCCCUGCUGCAGCCUGUGCACAGCUCCAGCCCCACGGGGCUCUGUGGAGUCGGCCCUCUGAUGUCGCCCGGUCCUCUCCAUAGCCCUGGCUCCUCCAGUGAUAGCAAUGGGGGCGAUGCCGAGGGGCCUGGGCCUCCUGCUCCAGUGACUUUCCAGCAGAUCUGUAAGGACGUGCAUCUGGUCAAACAUCAGGGACAGCAACUCUUCAUUGAGUCCCGGGCCAAGCCUCCACCUCGGCCCCGCAUCCUUGCUACAGGGACCUUCAAGGCCAAAGUCGUCCCCUGCCAGUCCCCAAACCCUGAACUGGAGGUGGCCCCUGCUUCUGACCAAGCCCCACUAGCAUUAGCCCCUGAGGAGCCAGAGAGGAAAGAAGCCCCCGGCUGUUCCUACCAACAGAUCAACUGCCUGGACAGCAUCCUCAGGUAUUUGGAGAGCUGCAACAUUCCCAGCACAACGAAGCGUAAAUGUGCCUCCUCCUCUUCCUGCACUGCUUCCUCAGCCUCUGAUGACGACAAGCAGCGGGCAGGCCCAGUUCCUGUCGGGCCCAAGAAAGAUCCGACGUCAGCAGUGCUGUCUGGGGAGGGGGCCACUCCUCGGAAGGAGCCAGUGGUGGGAGGCACCCUGAGCCCGCUCGCCCUGGCCAAUAAGGCAGAGAGCGUGGUGUCUGUCACCAGUCAGUGUAGCUUCAGCUCCACCAUCGUCCAUGUGGGAGACAAGAAGCCCCCGGAGUCGGACAUCAUCAUGAUGGAGGACCUGCCUGGCCUAGCCCCUGGCCCAGCCCCUAGUCCGGCCCCAAGCCCCACAGUAGCCCCUGACCCAGCCCCAGAUGCUUAUCGUCCAGUGGGUCUGACCAAGGCUGUGCUGUCCCUGCACACACAAAAGGAAGAGCAAGCCUUCCUCAGCCGCUUCCGAGACCUUGGCAGGCUGCGUGGACUUGACAACUCUUCUGGGGCCCCCUCAGCCCCUGGCGAGCGAGGCUGCCACCAUGGCCCCAUGCCCCCUGGUCGCCGACACCACUGCAGAUCUAAAGCAAAACGUUCUCGCCACCACCAGACCCCCCAGCCUGAAACUCCCUGCUAUGCUUCCCAUCCGUCGUCACCUGUGCCCUCUUCUGGACCCUGGCCACCCCCGCCAGCCACUACCCCCUUCCCAGCAGUGGUCCAGCCCUACCCACUCCCAGUGUUCUCCCCUCGAGGAGGUCCCCAGCCUCUUCCCCCUGCCCCCGCAUCUGUGCCCCCUGCUACUUUCUCUUCUCCCUUGGUGACCCCAAUGGUGGCCUUGGUGCUCCCUAACUAUCUCUUCCCUACCCCACCUAGCUAUCCAUAUGGGGUAUCCCAGGCCCCUGCUGAGGGGCCACCUACCCCUGCUUCCCACUCACCUUCCCCAUCCCUGCCCCCACUGGCCCCCAGCCCCCCACACCGCCCAGACUCCCCACUGUUCAACUCGAGAUGCAGUUCCCCACUCCAGCUCAAUCUGCUGCAGCUUGAGGAAUCCCCCCGCACUGAGGGGGGUGCUGCUGCGGGGGGCCCUGGAAGCAGUGCUGGGCCCCUGCCUCCCAGUGAGGAGGCUGCUGAGCCAGAGGCCAGGCUGGUGGAGGUAACUGAGUCCUCCAAUCAGGAUGCUCUUUCAGGCUCCAGUGACCUGCUGGAGCUAUUGCUACAAGAAGAUUCUCGCUCUGGCACAGGCUCUGCAGCCUCAGGCUCCCUGGGCUCUGGCUUGGGCUCUGGGUCUGGUUCAGGAUCCCACGAAGGAGGCAGCACCUCAGCUAGCAUUACUCGUAGCAGUCAAAGCAGCCACACAAGCAAGUACUUUGGUAGCAUUGACUCUUCAGAGGCUGAGGCUGGCGCUGCUCAGGCCAGGACUGAGCCUGGGGACCAGGUCAUUAAGUAUGUGCUCCAGGAUCCCAUCUGGCUGCUCAUGGCCAAUGCUGACCAGCAUGUCAUGAUGACUUACCAGGUACCCUCCAGGGACACAGCCUCUGUGCUGAAGCAAGACAGGGAGAGGCUGCGGGCCAUGCAGAAGCAACAGCCACGGUUCUCAGAGGACCAGCGACGGGAACUGGGUGCUGUGCACUCCUGGGUCCGGAAGGGCCAGCUGCCUCGGGCCCUUGAUGUGAUGGCUUGUGUGGACUGCGGUAGCAGCAUUCAAGAUCCUGGCCAUUCUGAUUCCCCGCUCUUCUCAGAACUGGAUGGAUUGGGGCUGGAGCCUAUGGAAGAGGGUGGAGGCGAGGGUGGAGGUGGUGGUGGUGGUGGAGGUGGUGGUGGUGGUGGUGGUGGUGAGGAGUGUGACGGUGGUGGUGAGGAGGCCCGGACCCAAAUUGGGGCUAAGGGCCCAAGCUCUCAGGACUCUGCCAUGGAGGAAGAAGAACAAGGUGGAAACUCAUGCAGUCCAGCUUUACCUGCAGAAGAGAAUGGCACCAGCUAGACUCCAUUGGGGGGGCCACUUGCAGCAGUCUAUGAGAGGCUUCCUUUUCAACCAUGUUAGGGUUCUUAGAACUCAAGAUAUGGCUGGACCAACCGAUAGGAAACUGCCCCAGCUUCUCCCAACAUAGGGGGCAGGACCCCCACUACCAGCCCAGGACCCAGGCAGGAGCUGCCUCUAAGCCUCUUAGCAGAGAGUGGAAGUUUCAGCCCAAUUUGGAGGAUUGCCCGUUCCCACCCUGCUGAGGAGACCUGUCCUCAUCCAGUUAAGGUGGCUGACAAGCUGCUGAAGUGGUCUCUCCAAAUCUCAGCUGAGCCUGAGUCCCAGUCGGAGGGUUGGGGCUGCACUUAUUUAUUGGGGGAGACAGCUCACUCUCCUACCUCAUCCCAAGAUGGGAGGGGGGAGCCUGGGGUCCAUGUGGGACCCAGGGGUUUUGAACCCCUAGCUGCUCCAGGGUGGGGGAGGUUGGUGGACCAUGGAGUCCCUGGUGCUGCCCCUCAGGUGGGACCCAGGUGUUCUCAGCUCUACCCUCUACCAAUGGCAUUUGUGUUUUUGA